CAUGAAAUUAUAGCAGAUGUUUUAUUUUUCCAUUUCAUUCAGGCCCUACUGGCGCCGGUUAUAAUACGAGUGCCAAUGGAUGGAUGGAAGAUAAUGUAUUUUAUGAAUGGUUUAAGAACAUGUUUCUUCCACUAACCUCAACAACACCAAAACCAAUACUGGAUGGACAUACUUCUCAUCGUCGUGUACGUACAACUGAAUUAGCUAUUAGCAAUGUCAAUAUUAUUAAAGGUUUUAUUGCAACCGUAAUUUAUCCAUUAGAUAAAUCAGCCAUUCCUCCACAAAAAAUAUUCAAAUGUAAUCAGUUGAUUGAAGCUGAUAUUGCUGCUGCUGCUGAACAAGAAACGGCUGACACAGAAGAUGAUGAAGAACCACACCGAACACCAAAGAAAAAAUCGACAAUAUCGGCAACCCACAUGUUGCCAUAUCGGUACCCACGCUAUGCAGCAAGUGAAGUGAAUACAUUCAACCAUGGUUAUGAUUAUGGUAAGUAAACACGUAUGUCUUUUUCAUGACUUUUAUUUAAGUAACAAAGUCAAUUUUUUAGGUUCAGUAAUGCAUUACGCUCAAGAUGCUUUUU